UUUCCACGAACCCUUUGAUUACCUGCUAGAUAAAGGAUGCCUUUAUGCUUUAUGAACCGCUGCACUUACCUUCACCACCACUGGCAUUUCUGCUGGACCAGGAGAAGUGCGACAAGGGCUCGGCACAGAGACCGCGGAUGCAGAGCAGUAAGGCUGCUAUCGGCACCGGAAACCCUGUAGAAAGUGUGUCCUGCCUUAGAGCAGCGCUGGAGAAUCACACAGGACACGCGCAGGCCCAUACACCGCCAAUUAGGCGCACGAUGGCGAAAGGAGUGGGCGCACUUGGACAGAGCAUCGGUUCCUUAUCCGGGGACUGCCUCUCCCUCUGCUAUUGGGCGGCUCAAUCACGUGGUAAAAGUAACUUUACAGGGUCGCUCGCUAGUAGGAGGGCUUUAUGGAGCAGAAAAACGACAAAGCUAGAAAAAUUAUUUUCCACUCCAGAAAUUAAUGAUCAUGAGCUCGUAUUUGAUGGACUCUAACUACAUCGAUCCGAAAUUUCCUCCAUGCGAGGAAUAUUCGCAAAACAGCUACAUUCCAGACCACAGCCCCGAAUACUACAACCGCACGAGGGACACUGGUUACCAGCAUCACCAUCAGGAGUUGUAUCCUCCGCGAGGGAGCUACCAGGAGCGCCAGUAUAACUGUCCAAAUAUCCCCGAGCCUGACACUCAACGAGGGCAUGGGCUACCCCUUUCCGGGCACCUGCUUGUUGGGAAAGGACAAGCAGCGUCAUGUGAACCCCCACCGUUAUCCACGUCCCCCUCUACCCCAGCGACUGCGUCCACCGCCUGCAGCCAAGCUACACCGGAGCAUCCAAACAGCACAGCCUCUUCAAAGCAACCCGUAGUCUACCCUUGGAUGAAGAAAAUUCAUGUCAGCACCGUGAACGCCAGUUACAAUGGAGCGGAACCCAAGCGGUCUAGAACUGCUUAUACACGCCAGCAGGUCUUAGAAUUGGAGAAGGAAUUCCACUAUAAUCGCUACCUAACUCGGCGAAGACGCAUCGAGAUUGCUCAUUCAUUGGUUCUCUCCGAACGGCAGAUCAAAAUUUGGUUUCAGAACCGCAGGAUGAAGUGGAAAAAAGACCAUAGGCUACCCAACACCAAAGUCAGAUCCUCAUCUUCCACAGGCGUACCCUCUGGGUCCAACACAACCACAUCAGCCGGCGCUGUCGCGGCUGCUGCGGCUUCUAACACCGUGGCCGCGUCCGAGGAAAUCCCCCGGGUGUCCGGAGCCGAACGUGUCGAGGAUAUUACAAGGUUUAUUUCAGCCGAGAUGGCCGACCUUUCCAACCCCGUGACCUGGCAGAUUCUCCCAACGUGUACCUUCUAUUAAGACGUUUGUUCACAU